CUACGAGCCUACAGUACCUUCAACAGUACUACAACACGAGGUCGCGAGAAUGUCCGUCCAAAAAGAGCAGCAGGAGCUGUUCGAUAUCUCCAAACCCAGAUUCGAUCUGAGCACAUACGCAGGACGUGUCGCCAACUUCUACUCCGCUACUUCCCCCCUUACUCUAUUCUACUCGGAUGACGCCUUGUUGGAGGCACAGAAGACUGCCCAGAAAUACGAUGAACGGAUCAAAGAAGCCGGGAAGAAGGGGUACUAUGUGAAUGCGGAGCAAAAAGCGGCUUACGACAAAGCCAAGCAGCUCGUCAACUCCUCCAUUCAUCCGGAUACGCUCGAACCUAUAGCUCUGCCUUUCAGGAUGAGUGCUUUCGUACCUACUAAUCUGAUCAUCGUAGCAGGAAUGCUAAUUCCUAACCCGGGGCUGAUAUCCAUCAUCGGCACCCAAUGGGCGAAUCAAUCUCUAAAUGUGGGGGUGAAUCUAGCAAACAGCAACAAGAGCAUCCAGAUGUCCAACCAGGAGAUCGGUAUAGCGUAUAUGGCUGCCACCGCGACGUCUGUCGGACUCGCUGUAGGGUUGACCAAAGCUGUCCCUCGCCUACCCGUUUCCCAAGGAAUGCGUUCGGUCCUGGCGCGAUUGGUACCUUUUGUCUCUGUCGCUUCAGCCGGAGUGGUCAACAUCUCUUGCAUUCGGUGGAAGGAGAUGCGAGAAGGUGUUCAGGUGUUUCGCCUGAAAUACGAUGAUGCCAAGGGCCACGAGGAGAUCGAAGUAGUGGGCAAGAGCUCGGAGGCUGGAAAACGGGCGGUGGGACAGUCUGCGGCGAGCCGUGUACUAACUAAUAUCCCUACCCUCGUCCUUCCUCCCGUCCUCAUGUCACUGCUUGAGAAGAGAGGGACGUUCGUGGGUCCGAGGGGCAAACUCCUCAGUACUGCGACUCAGCUUACCUUGAUCGGCCUCUCACUCGGUCUCGCUCUUCCACCUGCAAUUGGUUAUUUCCCCCAACGUGCCGCUGUGGAUCCCGAUCAGCUCGAGGAGCGAUUCCACCACUAUCGAGAGAAGCUUUACUUUAACAAGGGACUGUGAUUGGUGUUACCAGCUUGUAAUAUAGAUUCCAUCGCGACCUCGCAAUCGGGAGACUAAUUGGAAUCGCAGUCACAUUCCACACCACCGAGCAAUCGGCUGUCAAAAUAGUUUCAUCGGAUACAUAGAUUGAGUUGCGUC